AUGGCUGGGGGGGAGCGGGGGCGACGCCCCCCCACCCCACUUGAACACGGGGGAGAUCCGGCGCGUGCGCAAACCCCCACACGCAAGCGUCGCACGCCUCCUCGGCCCGGGGCCUACCGCUCUGCGGUGGUUCGACUUGCGGAGUUCGAAGGAGGCUGGGGCACGAGGGCCGGGAAACCGAGUUCCGACAAGGAGCGGGAUCUGGCUUCUUCUUUUAGCUGGGAAUGUAAUGCUGGGGCAGCCUCCGUGUGGCUGUCACGCCGGGGGUGCCGCCUUCUCGCCCUGAGCGAGGCUGGAGUUUUCCGGGCCUCUGGUCCCCCCAGAAUCCAAGCCGCACCUCAAGGCCGCCCAGGGCGGGUGGGGGGAGGCCCUUUUUGCUGGAACGAAGUCCUCGGGGAGAAAUUUCCCUCUUGCAAACCACAAUCCCGGAAAUCCAUCCAGGACGGGGGGAAAGUCUCUUCCGAGAGAAACCGGGGCACCUCUCUGACGGGCGACCGGCCGGGGAGACGGGGACGGGGGGCACGGGAAGGAGGGCCCGAGAGAAAAGAAAACAAACCCGAAAGCGAUCCAAGUGUGGAUGUGUCACGCCUCACUAAGAGAGGGCGGGUGGAGGAUCGCGGGGGGAUCCAAAGCUUACACAACCACUCCACGUCGGGAAAGCGAUCACCAACUUUUCGGGACCACGACGGCACUCGGGGGUCCCCCAGCUGGGAGGGGCUGGGGGGGGAGGCCUGGACCCUGAAAUCCGAACUGCUCCGGAUGUGUAGUGUGUGUAGUGUGCAGUGCGUGCGGGGCAAAGUGUGGCGCCAAGUUGGUGUCGCCUUGGCCGCGGGGCCCCCGCCGCUCCACCGGCCGCUCCACCACGACCCCUGCUGGACCGACGCCGCCAGCGACGCCGGGCCGCUCCACGACGCCCCCUGCAGGACGGACGCCGCCAGACACGCCGCCGACGGACGCCGCCAGCGACACCGCCGCCCCCUACAGGCCGGACGCCGCCAGCGACACGGCCUCCCUAGGGGGGACAGGGCGGCCGGGGCGCUCCACGCCGCCCCCUGCAGGACGGAUGCCGCCAGAGACGCCGCCCCCUGCAGGACGGACGCCGCCAGAGACACCAACGUCCGGGGGGGGAGACCAUGCCGCCCCCUGCAGGCCUUGCGCCGCCAGCGACAACGCCACCCUAGGGGGGACAGGGUGGCCGGGGCGCUCCACGCCGCCCCCUGCAGGACGGACGCCGCCAGCGACAUCGCCGUCCUGGGGGGGGGAACCAUGCCGCCCCCUGCAGGCCGGACGCCGCCAGCGACACCGCCGCCCUUGGGGGGACACGGCGGCCGGGGCGAUCCCAACGCCGCCCCCUGCAGGCCGGACGCCGCCAGCGACACCGCCGUCCUGGGGGGUGGGGGACCAUGCCGCCCCCUGCAGGACAGACGCCGCCGGCGACACGGCCUCCCUAGCGGGGACAGGGCGGCCGGGGCGCUCCACGUCGCCCCCUGCAGGACGGACGCCCGUCCUAGGCGGAACAGGGCGGUCGGGGUGCUCCACGCCGCCCCCUGCAGGCCGGACGCCGCCAGCGACACCGCCGUCCUGGGGGGGGACCAUGCCGCCCCCUGCAGGACAGACGCCGCCAGCGACACGGCCUCCCUAGGGGGGACAGGGCGGCCGGGGCGCUCCACGCCGCCCCCUGCAGGCCGGACGCCGCCAGCGACACCGCCGUCCUGGAGGGGACCGUGCCGCCCCCUGCAGGACGGACGCCGCCAGCGACACGGCCUCCCUAGGGGGGGACAGGGCGGCCGGGGCCCUCCACGCCGCCCCCUGCAGGACGGACGCCGCCAGCGACACGGCCUCCCUAGGGGGGACAGGGCGGCCGGGGCGCUCCACGCCGCCCCCUGCAGGACGGACGCCCGUCCUAGGCGGGACAGGGCGGCCGGGGCGCUCCACGCCGCCCCCUGCAGGCCCGACGCCGCCAGCGACACCGCCGUCCUGGGGGGGGACCAUGCCGCCCCCUGCAGGACAGACGCCGCCAGCGACACCGCUGCCCUAGGGGGGACAGGGCGGCCGGGGCGCUCCACGCCGCCCCCUGCAGGACGGACGCCGCCAGAGACACGAACGCCGGACGCGGCCAGCGACACCGCCGCCCUAGGGGGGGACAGGGCGGCCGGGGCGCUCCACGCCGCCCCCUGCAGGACGGACGCCCGCAUCGACACCGCCGCCGUCGGGGUGGGGGGAGCCAGGCCGCCCCCUACAGGCCGGACGCCGCCAGCGACACCACCGUCCGGGGGGGGGACCAUGCCGCCCCCUGCAGGCCGGACGCCGCCAGCGACACCGCCGUUCCGGGGGAGGGUGGGAGACCACGCCGCCCCCUGCAGGUCGGACGCCCGCAUCGACACCGCCGCCCGAGGGGGGACAGGGCAGCCGGGGCGCUCCACGUCGCCCUCUACAGGCCGGACGCCGCUAGCGACACGGCCGUUCGGGGGGGGGGACCACGCCGCCCCCUGCAGGCCGGACGCCGCCAGCGACACCGCCGCCCCGGGGUUGGAGGGGGACACGCCCAGAGCCCCUCCAACUAAAUGGACACCCCUGAAAUGA